AUGGAGGAAUGGGAAUGGGUGGGUCGCGAAGAAGCUUUGCUAUCCCGGCUCAAGUCCCCCACCAUAUCUUGCUUUUCCAUGCCGUCGGCAGCAUCUUGCAUCCUGCCAGCCGUGCGCCCCUACCACUCGUUUUCUUGUGUAUCGGCUUACCAAUGGCUACAAGCCACGGCACUGCCUGCACAACAGUGCACUUCCAUCGACACUUCACAUUCCCGCAUAAUUGUAUUCAUGACCCCCGCCGUCGAAUCCCUGCUGUUGGUCGAGCUAGCCAUGGCACUCAAAUGGUCGAUUGCUCCAUGUGGGACGCUUGUGCAGCUUCUUAGUUCGCACCAUGCACUUGACCUUUGA